GAGAAAAGUACAGAGGAGAAUCCUGCACACGGGAGUCAUCAACCAGUUGCUGCUUCUGCUUCUACUGCCCGUACUUUCCAAAACCCGGAUGGCAAAUAACGUUUUCAGGAGUAACGUGGGUUUGGUUUGCGAGUGGUGCUUUCUCCAGUAAGGAAAAUAUCAGUAAAAGCCAAGCCCUGCUCUUCUCCUGGACUCACUUCGCUGCUGCUGCUACUCACUUGCACACAACCCACCAACUUUCUCCAACAUUGCCACCACCACUACAACCAACCGUUUACUACUACUUUCAUCAAUUGCUAGCAUAUCACCCUUUUUCUCCCGUCAUCUACUUGUUGGGGUGCAAGACAUCUCUCAAUCUGAUUCACUUCUACUGAUCAACUACUUACUUCACCUGAACGAUACUUACCUACCUAUCUGCAUACUCCGUCUACCUCGGUGAUCUUUCUGGACCAAGUGGGAAAAAUGAGACUGUGGUGACAAAUACUGCCGUUCCUGGUGUGUACCUGACCUUUCCGCACCCAAAGGAUGCACCCUCUUGCCCUUGGAAUAAUUUAUCCUUGGCUGCUGUGGCAUGGGGACGACACUGAUCAAAUUUACGCUCCUUUAAUGGUGCACUAUACCAGUUAGACUAUACAGCGAGAUACACAUUGUACAUAUUCUCGACUAGCUGGAAGCAGAGACUCAACAAUGGAAGCUUUACUCACCACCCGAGAUUUGCAUGAGGACACGGAAUUCUCCGCACGCCAGAACCAUUUAGACGUGGAGACAGCACUUCCCACAGUCGACGACCAUGCCAAAGAAAGUUGGAGCGGAACGGACGGUGGAACGGGAAGCGAGUUAAUCUGGAUGGACGCUUCGUCGGAGCAGACAAUCGUCAUCAUUGUCCAAACCAUUCUCCUCAUCAUUUUCUGCGUAUUUGGAACCAUGGCCAACUCUCUCGUCUUUUGGGUAUUCAACCGUCGACCAGCCCUACGAUCCUUGUCCAACAGAUUCGUGCUGAGCCUGGUGACUGCCAACAUCCUGAUUUCCAGCAUAAUUGCUCCGCUGAUGCUGUUCGAAGGGAUUCUGAACACCUAUCUGACCUUCCCAUGUCUGACCGAGGUCAUUUCGAUGAUCGGAUCCUCCGUGAUAUUCGCCGCCAUCUUCUCGACCUUCCUAAUCGCGACGGACCGUUUUUACGCCGUCACAAGUCCACUCCACUACUCAAUGACCAUCACUCGAAGUCGUAGCCAGCUCAUGAUCGUGGCUGCCUGGUUGGCCGGGGCGUUACUCGCCCUCCCGUACGUUCUGAUUUGCAGCCUCCCCAGAAACACCGAGCUCCACCAGAGUCUUCACGUCCUCUUUAUCGUCCUCCAACUCGCCCUCGGCUACCUCUUUCCGUUCGUUGGACUUUGCUGGCUGUAUCUCCGCAUGUACAAUGCAGCCCACCGAAAUAGCGAGAGGACCCGGAAGCACAGCAUCUCAGGGGACCUGCUCACUGUUAUGGACGGUUCUACCAGCGUCAUUCCACCGCAAGGCAUAGAUUUCCUCACCCACUACAUCAACCCCUUCACCAAGGGGAUGGUGGGGAGUGCUGGAGCUCCACCUGGAUCUGGGGGCACUAACACUACCUCCAUCGGUCAAAUUGUCCCUGCGGCUGUGAAGAAGCAGAGGCGACGAUCAAGCAAUGGCAGCUCAUCCUCACUUCUGUUCAGAGAAGAAGGUCGCGCCAUAAAAACAGCCAUGCUUGUCCUCGCGUCAUUCCUGGUCUGCUGGACGCCCCAUUGCGCAUUCAUGCUAAUCAGCGAGAUUGACGUGGUACAGGGUCAAUUAGGGGAUUUGGUCUUUUUGUCUGGUGGACGAGGGGGUGGAAAUGCAUCCAACACUUCCUCAAUGAUGCUUAACCAACAACCUGCUGUCCUCCUCGGGGGGACAAACUGGCCCAAAUUCUUUGGCGUUUUCGGCAUCCUUCUCUCCUGCCUCUUGAACCCAUUCAUCUACGUGUUUCGGAAUAAAAUGGCAUGCAAAGAGGUAUCCAAGCUCCUCUGUCGAUUCUUCCGAGAGAAGCGUCGUCGCAAGGAGGACACGGCCGCUUCAGAAAAGCGAGCUCACCAACUCCUCCACAACAAUAGUCGAGAUCGAUCCGACUCCACCCCCUCCGCCGGAGGAAACGACCUGGUUGCUUCUCCCACGGCUGCAGACUUGGACUACACACCAAAAUUCACUCCCUGCAUUGGAAAAAGCCCGAAACGAUCCUCCCUGAAAUCACUGACGCCACAGAGCUCUCUCAAUUCCACAUUCACCAUGGCCACUCACUCUCCCAUUUGCUCCUCAAAUUCCACCGCCAUGACCAUGAUGACAUUUAAACCUCCCUUUCUCCGCUCCAUGACCGUUCCAGAACAGACCCAACCUCGCGUCAAGUUCCCACCGAAUCUUAUCCGCCAAAAAUCCUGCGUCCACCGCCCCGUUUACGGUGCACCGACCGAACUAACCCCAGCACUCAGCAAGAAAUUUGUUCGUCAAGACUCGAUCUGUAGCAUCCUCUCGAACGACUCAGUCCUCAUGAUUUGCGCCGAGGAUAACUCUCUAAGCGCUUCUGCAGAGAGUGGACUCCUCAACAGCCGAGGAAAAGAAAGUCGAAACGGAAUGACGAUGGAAGGGAUGCGAUGCGGCAAUGGAUGCGUGACUGGUGGGAGUAGCAGCUUAUCUGGGGGAAGCGGAUGUACACCGCUCCCCCUCCAAAAACACUACCUCCGACAAGACUCCAAUUUUAGUGAUGCGUCCCACAAGACGAACGACAGCGGAGUGGUGGUCGCUUCUGCCAAGGUGUCCGCCACGAAUUCGCCCUACCUCCCCCAUCGCCAACAUUCCUCCCCCAGCCAACUGACCACGAGUCAUAAUCACCUCACUCCCACGCACACCGCUGAGUGUGACCAUCAGCCCAACAACAAUCAUCACCACCACCAUCACCACAACCAUCAUCAGAACGGUGGCGUCCUCCAAACGACGAUUUAAGAGAAAGUGGAAAAAUAAGCAGGCAAUGGGUAUUAAAAAGUUAAAAUAUUUGCCAAAUUAUUGAGCCACCCAAUCACUCAUACUUAUUGAUAUCUUGUCCGCUAGUUAACUAGGCGGCUAGUCAAUUAGUUAAAUGUUUAGUAUUUUUAUCAUAGUGUAUUACCUACAAAUAUAAAUCACACACCUAAAUAGACAUUUGUAUACCUGACAUCUAUAUACUUUGUACCUAAAUAUCCGUGCUAAAACAUACUCUCGUACUGAUUAUUAAACGCGUGAUCUCGAUUUGUGAUCUCCAGUUAACCAACCAAUUUCGGCGAAAUGAUGAUAAAAUCUGUGAACUAGUUAUUACUUACAUAUUUACAUCAAAAAGUAUGUACAUAAGAUACAAAUUUAUUAUAAAGCUAUUUAUUACUAAAUAUUUAAGGCGGUCACCCAACAGAAUGCCAAUCAACCAGAAAAAAAUAAUAAGGAGAGCUGAGACCUGACAUGUAACUACCACCAAUUUAUUGAUACCUAAAUGGAUUUAAACUUUAACACAAAUUCUUUUAUCCGUUGAAGAAGUUGUACUUCAACACAAAUAUUUAUAAGAGGUAGAUAGCAUAAUGUGCAUGUAAUGGUAAGGUAUAAAUAUAUAGUAGGAUUGAAACAGACUAUGUAUUUCGGAUGAAUCUGACUGUACUGAUAAAAUUAAAGUUUCAAAAAAUAUAUAAAAAUUUAACAUAACAAAGUAGGAUAAAA